AUGUCAGGGUCUCCCCUAACGACUUCCUCCCCCAUCGCUACUCCUACAACCUCGACAGCGACAGAAGAGCCCUUUGAAAGUAGCAUGGAUGAGCACGACCAAUAUCAACCCUCUACUCCAUUCUCGACGAGAAUAUGUUCCGACACCACCCAGUGGGAUACUCCAUGGCCAGGUGAUAUCUUUCAAAUCGUUGAAAGAUCAACACGCAGGGCCAUUACACUCGUGGACCACGAGGUCUUGCUUAGAUACGCCAGCGGCAGCCGCACCCCAAGCACACUGUGGUACUGUAUUGAAAAGGAUGGUUACUUUGGGUUUCAAAACCCUAGAACGGGUCGGUACCUUGGCCAUGACAACCGUGCCGGCACUUGCACCCAGGUCCACAUGAAGGGAUGGGAAAUGUGGACGCCGCGGAAGCACCCCGAUGGAGGUUACCAGCUACUAUCGCCGUUUUGGUCAGGGGCGUUGAUGGUGCUUUGUCUUGCCGACGAUGGAAUCACUCUAACCAGGCGAAAACAUGGCACAACUCUGUGGGAUUUCAAUCGGGUCGAUCACUUGUAGCGAAGGAUGCGCGGGAUAAAUGUGAGCUUAUGCCUGGAAGGCAUAGUGCGACAUGUUAGUUUACAAAGUUCUUCACGAAGGAUAGUUGUUAAGCUGUCUUCCUUACCUGAGUAUAUGCGGGUUUGUGACCUUGGAGUCUCCAGUUAGUGGAAUGGGUAGAAGUCGCGGUACAAGUUCU